CAAUUUCUCAGGCAAAGAAAUUGUCUUCUCUUUAUGCUUCUCCAAUAAGUGACCAUGACUAUUUUAAGCAUUUUUUCUUAUGGUUUGUCCAAGAACCUCGGAGAAACAAGAUUCGUGGACAUGCACCUUUUCUUGUAUUAUAUGUAUCUUAUGUUGUUUUCUAAGGAUCAGAGUUCCGAAACAGAAGAUCUACAAGACUUUUGUGUUUCUCAAAUGUCGCGUCAACUAGACCCCGUCGCUGAGCUCGAAAGCUUAAAAACACAUGUUGAUCAUUCUGGAAAUCCUAGCUUCUCAACACUUAGCCAGCGUCACCAAUCUGGUGAAGCUUCAAAAAGGUCACCUUCUGGUUCACCAAGAAAAGAAAAUGAAGGAGAACAUUCUCACCAUAAGAAAUCUUUGUUCUCCAAAAUGAAGGAUAAGGCGAAAAAACUGCAGCACAGUCUCAGCACCAAGAAGAGACAUGAUGAAGAAGGUGAUGCAACCAUGUCACCGUUUAGCAGAUCCGAAGAACAUGAAGUUAGAGAAGGUGUUUAUGCGUCAUUGUCACCACGUGACAAGUCGAAAGACCGUAAAAUCAGAGAAGAAGGAGGAGAAGAAGAAGAAGAUCCUGAAUAUCUUGGAGCUCCAAUGUAUGAAUCAAAGAAGGCACCUGAAGAGUUAAAGGAGACCGCGAGGCAGCAUCCCCGGGAAAAUCCUGUGAUCACUGAGACAAAUGUCUUGUCUGUACUCCCAGCCAAACAGGACGCUGAACAAGAACAAAAAGAUUGUACUGGUUCCAACACAGAACAUCAUCCUGUGAUCUCUGAGAAGAAUGUUUUAUCUGAUGUCAAGCAAGAUAAGCCUGCUGAUUCUGACACAACAACAAUAGUAACAGAAUCGCCUGAGAAGACAAGGAAAGAGUGCACAAGCCAGCAGGAACCUAUUAGUCCAAGCAAGACGGUAACAGAAACUGUGACAGAGAAGCUAGCACCUGCUUAUGCUAAAGUCUCUGACGCAACUCAAGCUAUAACUAAAAAGAUUCAAGAUAUGGCUUUUCCAGAAUCAUCACAGCCAGAAGAAGAGGUAAAUGAUGUUGCGGAAAUCAACACUGCCGGAACUAACCAGCCCACUGGCUUCAAUACUAAGGUGUGGGACAAAGGGGUAUCAAUGAAGGAAUACAUAUCGCAGAAGUUUGAACCUAGCGAAGACGAUAGAGAACUUUCUCGAGUGAUAUCUAAAGCUAUUAGUCCUCGUAAAGGUUCUUCUCAGGCUUCUAGUUUUGGUGCAGCAACAACCAUGGUACAUGCUCCAAAUUCAGCAGACAACAAAGCUCCCCUUUUAGCCAACACAAAUGAAAUUGUUGAAGAAGAAAAUCAUGGGAAGAUACUACAACCAAACUAAAGAACAGAGAGUGUUUCUUUAAUCUGUGUAUUGUUUACAAAGCCUCUAUGUAAGAAAGAGGCUUUCUAUUUUAAUCCACUUUUUUCCCCUAUCAGUUAUGUUAUCAUACCAAAACCAAGAUUCAUUUUGUCUGAAGUCUGUUGUAUACAUAAGAGAUUCUAAUACAUCCUUUUUUGUUCU